AAUGAGUGAAUCAAGUAAAUAUAAGAUAAUAUAAUACAUUUAGAUUCCACUCUCUUUUAUGCUGGAAUUACAUUGGCAUCUGGAUUGAUCACAGAUUUUCUAAUAAAUCGAUUAAAUAGAAAGUAGAUAGAAGAGGAUCCAAAACCUAUAAGGAGUCUAUAACUUAGAAAGAGAUCAUUUGGUAUUAUAAGAUAUUAAUAUAGUCAACUCAAAACAGGCUCCAGUUCCAGAGGCACUCUUAAACUCUGAAAAUCCAUUACUUGAUGAAAUUAAAUUCUUAAAUAGUGCCACAUGUGAUAUUGAGAGAGUGAAUCAUCUUUCAUUAGGAUUAGAUGAUGAAUUUCCAAAUAUUAAAUCACCAUUGUUAGGUGAAGGCAAUUUGAGAUCGGUCUUUGGAGGAGGUGGAUUUUUACCAGAUGAUGCCUUUAUCUAUUGUGGAUCAUAUGUAAUUAAUACUGCUGUAUUUGGUCCUGGUAAAAGAAUAGAUUAGACAAAGAAAUGGUUGAGAGCAGGACCACGUAAAUCAUUAUUCUUUGAUCCAAAAACAGUGAAGGUAUAAAUAUUUUAAUAUGUAGGCUGCAAUAGUAACAUGUGGAGGAUUAUGUCCAGGAUUGAAUGUGGUAAUUAGAGAAUUAUAUAUGUCAUUGCAUUACAAUUAUGGAGUUUAAGAUAUUUAUGGAAUAAAGUAUGGAUAUAAAGGAUUUUAUACAUAUGAUUGGAUAAAGUUUGAUGCAAAUUAUGUUAAAAAUAUACAUAAUUUGGGAGGAACUAUAUUAGGUUCAUCAAGAGGAGGAUUUGAUUUAAAUAAAAUUGUAGAGGCAAUAGUUAAUCAUGGAAUUAAUUAAGUAUUUUGUUUAGGUGGAGAUGGAACUCAUGGAGGAGUCUUAGAAUUGUUUAAAGAAUUAAGAAAGAGAAAACUUAAGAUAUCAAUUGUUGGUAUACCUAAAACUAUAGAUAAUGAUAUUGCUAUUAUUGAUGAAUCAUUUGGUUUUGAAACAGCUGUUGAAGUAAAUACAAUAAUAUAUAUAUAAUUAGGAAGCAAUCAAUGCUAUUAAAUCAGCAUAUGUUGAAGCUAAUUGUGCAGAAAAUGGUGUGGGAUUAGUUAGACUAAUGGGUAGAAAUGCUGGAUUCAUUGCUAUGUCUGCAUGUAAUGCCUCAAGAGAUGCACAUGUAUGUUUGAUACCAGAAUUCAAAUUUGAAUUAUAUGGAGAUAGAGGUCUUUUGGAAUACUGUUAUUAAAGACUUAAGAAGAAGGGCACUUUAGUUCUUGUAAUUGCUGAAGGAGCUGGUGAUGCUAUGUUAGAUUAUAAAGUGAAUGUUUUGGAAACUGAUGCUUCAGGUAACAAAAAACCUUAGGAUGUUGGAGUCAUUGUUAAGGAUGAACUUACAAAAUAUUGCAAAAACAAAGGAAUGGGUAUCACUCUUAAACACAUUGAUCCUACAUAUAUGAUCAGAACAGUUCCUGCUAAUCCUCAUGAUAAAAUUAUGUGCACUUAAUUAGCUCAAAAUGCUGUUCAUGGUGCUAUGGCUGGUUUUUCAGGAUUCACUGUUGGUCAUGUUAAUAAUAGAUUAGCUUAUAUUCCCAUUGAAGAGUUACUAUCAGGAAAAUAUUCGAAUAGAGUUGUUGCUGACAGUCGAGAAUGGCAAAGAUUGUUAGCCAGCACUGGUUAACCUUCAUUUUUGAAUAAUGAAGAAUAGAUGAUCUAAUAAAAAUAAUAAUAAAAUUGAG